AUGGCAGACAAGCCCAACGUGAGGAAAAUCACCAACUUUGAUAAGGCCAAACUGAAGAAGAUGGAGAUGCAGGAGAAGAACACCCUGCCCACCAAAGAGACCACUGAGCAGGAGAAGCAGAGUGAAAUUUCUUAG